AUGGCAUUGCCUAAUGGGGAGCAAUCCAGUGAGCUACUUAAUGCCCAAGCUCACAUAUGGAACCACUUAUUCAACUUCAUAAACUCUAUGUCACUCAAAUGUACAAUUCGGCUAGGCAUACCAAAUGUUGUCCAUGGCCAUGGCCGGCCAAUGACCCUCUCUGAGUUGGUCGACGCUCUCUCGAAUGACCGGGCAAAAGCCCAUUGUGUUUGCCGCCUCAUGUGCAUUCUAGUUCACUCUGACUUUUUUGUCAUGCAAAAAAUCUCCAAAAAUGAUGACGAAGAUGGCUAUUUUCUUACACCAGCCUCUCGGCUUCUCGUGAAGGAUAAUCCCUCGAGUCUGGCUCCAUUUUUGCUAGGCAUGCUUGAUCCGAUCCUGACAGAGCCAUGGCAUUAUAUGACUGAAUGUAGGAAGGCCAUUGCCGACGCAUUUCCAGACUUGAAGUGCACUGUGUUUAAUCUUCCACAUGUUGUUGCCGGCUUGGAAGGGAAUAAGAACUCGAGCUAUGUUGCGGGAGAUAUGUUUGAGGCUAUUCCUACUGCGGAUGUUGUUUUACUCAUGUGGAUAUUGCACGAUUGGAGCGAUGAAGAGAGUCUUCGUAUACUAAAGAAAUGUAGAGAGGCGAUCUCCAUUGAGAAUAAGGGAGGAAAGAUAAUUAUCAUAGACAUGGUUUUGGAGAACCAGAAAGAGGAUGACAACUCCAUUGAAACACAACUCUUUCUUGAUAUGUUGAUGAUGGUUCUGGUCACGGGCAGACAGAGAAAUGAGAAAGAGCGGGCAAAGCUCUUCUUUGAUGCUGGUUUCAGUGACUAUAAAAUAAGUCCCAUACUAGGAUUGAGGUCUCUUAUUGAAGUUUAUCCUUGA